UGCGACAAUUACUUCUCUGAGCUCGAGCAUGAUGCUGUUUGCAGUCUUGCUUUCUUUGGUGCUGGCAGUAGUAGGGCGAGCCCAGGCUCGUCUGGUCGACUAUGCUGAUCCAAUGGUGGGGACUGCAGGUCCAAUGCAGGGGUCAAACAUCGCGGGGGGUAACACCUUCCCCGGCGCAACGCGGCCCUGGGGGAUGGUGAAGCUGGGCAUCGACACGAGCUACCAGGGCCUUCCCGCUGGCUAUGCUGUCGAUGUCAACAGCGGCUAUUCUGCCUGGGGAAAUGUGACGGGCAUCUCAAUGAUGCACGUCACUGGCACGGGCGGAACUCCCACGUAUGGCUUGGUGCACCAGAUGCCCCUCACGGGCGACGUCGCCUCGUCGAUCAACCUGGCCGACAACACAACGUACGGCAGCAACCGCUCGCAGUCAGACGACCGUGCCGCUCCGGGCUUCUUCUAUGCCAAACUCGAUAGCGGCAUCGGCAUCAAUCUCACGGCGUCCGGGCACGCCGGCAUCGCACGGUACAGCUUUGACGGUCAAGCCUGCCGGCAGCGUCACGUCCUCGUCGAUCUAGCCCACGUUCUCCCGGCCAACUCCUCCUUUGACUAUACGCAAAAGUUCGUCGAGGGUCAGCUCGACGUCGACCGUCACGGCUAUCGCGGCUUUGCAACCUAUUCGGGUGGCUGGUCCCAAGCACCUGCUCACAAGAUCCACUUUUGCGCCCGCUUCAGCCAAGAAUCACAGAGCAGCCAAACAUUUUCGUACUCCUACGAUGCCUUCCAUGCGCCGUCUACUUCUCCCAAGCCCAAGGACUACCGUUCGUUGCGGGCAUACGCGGGCUCGGGUCAGGCCAUUGGCGCACUCUUUGGUUGGGGAGGGGAGACGGACGAGGAGUCUUGCACGCUGGAGUCGCGAAUCGGCAUCUCUUACGACUCAGCCGCGCGAGCAUGCCGGUACAUCGAUGAGGAGCUGCCGUGGACGACGUCGUUCUCGGACGCCGUCAAGGAGGCACAGCAGGAUUGGGAGCGAGAGGUUCUAAGCACCGUUGAAGUGCACGACGACAAAAAGAACGCGACCCUUGCGCGAAUGCUCUAUUCGGCCCUGUACCACUCCGCACUGAUGCCGACGGACAAGAGUGGGGAUGAGUCUCCACCUCACUGGCCCAGGAAUGUCGACAACUUUGACGACCACUACACGAUCUGGGACACAUUCCAGACGACUAUGCCCCUCUACCACCUCCUCUUCACGUCGACGUACUCGAGGGUGCUCCAGGGACUCGUGAAUGCGUUCAAGUACGAUGGCUUCCUCCCCACUGGUCGCUCUGCCCAGACGAACGGCCGUGUCCAAGGUGGGACCCAUGCCGACAUGGUCCUGGCCGACGCCUACCUCAAGUCUCGCCACAGCGCGGGGCAGAGCUCCGGCGGCGAAAUCCGUGGAGUCGACUGGGAAGCAGCUUGGAAAGCCAUGGUCAACGAUGCAGAAGUCGAGCCGGUCCACAACGUCGACCCCGUCUCCACCGACGGGGCCACAAAGGAAGGCCGCGGUGCGCUGGACGAGUACCUGCGUUACGGCUACGUCACGCCGAACCACACGCGCUCGAUCAGCCGGUCGCUCGAGUAUUCGUACAACGACGCCGCCAUCUUUCUCGCCGGCCGUGCCAUGUCGCGGGAUCCAGAGGAGCUCAAGAGGCUGAAGCUCCGGGCCAGGGCAGACUGGUGGCAGAACAUCUGGGAUCGCAACCUCACGGCCUCCUUUGGCGACGCAGGCAACUUCUCCGCAUUCCCGGCGCCCAGGCUGGCCAGCGGCCAAUUCAAUGUGUCGGGCUUUGACCCGCUCAAUUGUGCGGCGGGCUGCGGGUGGAAUGAUUACCAAUACGAGAGCGUGUCUGCGGAAGGCAGCUUUGCCUCUGCCCCACAUGAUACGGCGAGAGUCGUCGAAUUGAUGGGUGGGCCCGCGACGUUUCUGAAGCGUCUCGACGCCCACUUCUUGUCUGGCCUACGCCAGGCGUCAGCCAGCGCCAACAACGAUGUGGGGACAGCCAUCUACCAGCCUGGAAACGAGCCAGGCUUCCUCCUCCCUGUGGCUUACCACUUUGUGCCGGGCAAUGCCUGGAGGUCCGUCGCCAGAAUCCGGAAUAUCGUCGAUCAGUUCUACACAGACACAGCUCAGGGCUAUCCAGGCAACACUGACGCGGGGGCCAUCCCGUCCUGGCUUACCUUCCACCUCAUCGGCCUGUACCCCCUCACGCCGCUUCCCAUCUACCUCCUCACCGCGCCCCGCUUCUCGAAGCUCAGACUCAAUCUCUUUCGUUUCACCAGCUCCGCCUCGUCGCUCGAGAUUGUCUCGCACAACCUUACUGCCACCUCCUUCUUCCCCCAGGAAGUCCGUCUCGACGGUCGACCACUUACGAGGAGCUGGAUCUCGCACGAUGAGCUACGAUCCGCCAAGCGCCUCGAGUUCUUCAUGGCAGACCAGCCCUCGGCAUGGGACAAGGACGGCGAAAAGAUUCCGAGCCUGUCGCUGGGUACCCUCUAGUGAUUGGCUCCCUCCUUGGCCUCAUAUCUUAUUCUCCCUCUUCUAAUUACAUGCCUCUAAUCU